CUGAGAGUGCGGUGUGGUGUUGGUUCUGUGUACAAAUACCUGCACGCCGCAAAGAGUGAUUCAUCGCAGCGCUGCUGACCAGUCAGUCGGUCAGUCAGCGGUGCCAGUAGAGAGUUAAAAGUCGCGGCCAACCAGCGGGCCCAAACGUCGCGGAGUUCAAUAUUUCGGAAGAAGAAACUGCAUCGCAGCAAUUAGCAGAGUGUCGCGCUCGCGGGGUUAGGAAGGUUUAAUUAGACACAAGUGCCUCGAUCUCUCUUGAACUCAGCAGCAGGUCCAGGUCCAGUGUCGGGGUGACCAGUGGACAGUGACGGCGAAAAUAAUAAAUACAUAAAAGAAGAAAAAACGGCUCCAAUUGACUGGAGAUUCAGUGGACACAGUCGUCGACAGGCAGCAGAGCUUUUCUUCCUCGCGGAGCCUCGAGGCGUGUGUGUUUAUGCUGAAAAGUUAUUAAGGGUACAGAGUGAGAAAGCCCCACAGUCCGUGGUGUGGAAGCAGCAGCCGACAGAUAAAACAAUUGUGUGUGUCCAAAUGUUUAUGAUUUUAUGCACAUGAGAAACCAUUUUGUGCAACAAAGUGUAUAAGAAGAGAGGAGCCCAGCUCGUUUUUUUAAUAGUUGGUGGCGAAGAUAAAACAACCUAACCAACCCCUAAGUCCAAUCCAAGUCCGGUGGUUCAGCAAAGCCAGUCAACCAACCAGCAGCAGCAGACAGCACUUUCCAUUCUCAUGCCACUGGGCAGCGGUUUGCAGUGAAGAAAAAGUUGAUGUUGACUAAUCUCGUAUUAGAUAGCUUAGCAUGUCAGAACGCCGUGGUACGAAGGCUCUAGAACUAUGGUGUCGCCGCGUCACCGAGGGCUAUAAGGAUGUCCGGGUUACAAACAUGAGCACCUCUUGGCGCGACGGCCUUGCAUUCUGCGCGAUCAUCCACAACUUUCGUCCGGAUUUGAUAGACUUUGCCAGCCUGAAGCGGGAAAACAUCUACGACAACAAUGAGCUGGCGUUCACGAUCGCCGAGAAGCACCUGAACAUCCCCGCCCUGCUGGAUCCGGUUGAUAUGGUAAAGUACGAAGUGCCUGACCGAUUCUCCAUACUAACCUACCUGUCGCAGUACUACCGAGUGUUUAGUAAUCAAGAAUCGACCAACAACAACAUUAAAAAGACGGCGGAAAAAGAACCCAAAUCGAGCGAACGAGACACCACAAAGAUGGCAAACUCUGCAACGGGUUUCGUGGGAGUGCCCAAGCGUGAGCCCUGUCGCAAGUGUGGCAAUCCGGUGUUUUUCGCCGAACGCAUCAGCUUCGAGCAGAAACUGUACCACCGGUCCUGUCUGAAGUGUGCCCGCUGUAACGCUCAGCUCACACUGGGCAGCUUCUACGAGACGGAAACCGACGGCGAGUACUGCUGCGAAACGUGUCCGGACGAGGAGAUUCAGCUUAGCCAGAGGCGUCGAUCGUCCGCCGGUGCGUCUGCCGAUUCAACGCCGGCCGCGGUGGUCACCAAUGGUUCGCGAUCGGAAGGAGCGCGUGUCAACCGAAGUAGCAGCAAGCUGCUGGAUCGGAUAUCGUUCUUUGAGUCGGCCCCGCUCAGCGAUGAGGAGAAAACAUCUAACCUGGUGAGGAGGGCCAAGAUCAGCAGUUUUCUGAAAGAUACGCUGGAGUCUUCUGGAGACGGCUUGGAGAAUGGACAAUCGAUCGAGGUUAAGGAAACGAGCAAACUUGCGGAACCGAUCGAGAGUGAAGAGGAGUCUUCGUCGGAUGAUGAGCCGCCAGAGCCACCAGCAACGGCACCUCCAGAGCUGACCGUCUCCAAGGAACUGGAACUCGCUGAACCUACCACAACUGAGGAGGAAGCUCCAAAAGAGAGUAAGGAACAAUUGGAACCUGUUGCCAUUGAAGAAUCGGUCGAGGUCAACCCUGAAAGCACGGUCAAUACAAUUGAUGAAACGGAAGAAUCUCAUAAAGAUCUUGAGCCGAGUCGACGGAGUUCCAGCACAAGCGAGCAAGUAGAGGCUGCUGAAGUUACGCCACAGGAAGACAAGGAAGUCGAAAAAGCUGAAGACGUUCUUGUAAGAGAUGUUAUCGACCCAGUGGUGGAUGUGGAACCAGCGCAUGUUGAAGAAGUUAAGGCUUCGGAAGCAUCCAAUGAGACUGUUGCUGAACAAUCAACGGAGGAACUGCCUGAAGUUGUGGAAAAGGUUGAGGAGCAGCCAACGAUUAGUAUUAGUGAAGAAGUGCCUAAGCAUGAUACCGAAGUGCGAUCUGAAGUUCUUGUUGCACCCGUGCCUACGACUGCCGUAACGGAACCAGAAGACCAGAAACAAGAUGUUGAUUCCACUAAGACAAAAGAACUGUAUCCGACAGAUUUGAAUCCGUUUGGGGAAGACUCGGAAGGAGAGCAGCAAACAACCAGCAUCACCAGCAUCAAACCAGUUCCUUCAAUGCGAAGGGUCAGCACAAAUCCGUUUGGCAGUGACGAAGAAGAAGAGACAUCGUUACCGGUAGCGGUGAAACCACCGAGACCUCCACCUCCAAAGCUCAAAACAGCCGUGCCAGCAAAUCCAUUUGACGAUGAGGACGACGAGCCGGAGCGCGAAAUCGUCCCGGUCAUCGUCAAGCCAUCACCACGCCGAACGCCGGUCCCAACACCGCGUAAACAGCACAAUCACAACGAUUCAAUCAGUUCCAUGGAGACUUCGUUGAUGUCCAGCCAAUUCGGCGGAUCGAGCAUCUCGCUGGCCUCGUCCAUGGAGAGUGGUCCCUCGAAUGCAACCAUAAGCCGGCGCAAAAAGUCCAGGGCACCGGACAUUCCGUUAGCAGCAUCAGUUCUUGCGAAGGUCUCAACGGAGAACCUGGCCGGUAGUACGUCAACAACACCCCGCAAGAAGCGACUGGCGCCACCGCCACCACCACCAGCCAUCUCAUCCACUCCGAAACAACCCGACUCAAAGUCCACGCAACGUCUCAUAGCUCUGGAUGCCAGCUUGAUCAACAACGACGAAGACGACAUCCCCCAAACGGACCCCCUCGGAAAACCUCCAGCCAGCGAUGACUCGGUGGUCUACCGAAGGACCAUCGUCCCCCUAAAGGUCGACGAUGACAGUCUGGAGUCCGGCACAACCCCAGCCGUAACCAGCGAGCGCCAAUGGGAGAAGAUGAAGGACAACAAGGAGGCCCAGAACCGCAACCGGCAGUCGCAAACCUCGCCGACCAGCUCGCAGAACAACGACUCGUACAACAGCUUCAUCUCGAACAAGUCCCAGCAGGGCAAGUGGAAACGACGCAAGGGUCCGGCCCCAGCGCUACCGGUUCCCCUGCCCGAGCGCAAAGCCAUCAAAAUGCUCCCGCUGAAGGAGAUCCGCCAGGAGAUGGACAUUAUCGAAACGCAACAGCAGGGUCUCGAGAAGCAGGGCGUCAUCCUGGAGCAGAUGAUCCGCGAGCGGUGCGAGGGGGUGGGCCCGGAGAUGGACAUCACCGGCAUACAGACCAACUCGAAGGAGGUCGAGGAUCUGAUCAUGCAGCUGUUCGAGCUGGUCAACGAGAAGAACGAGCUGUUUCGGCGGCAGGCGGAGCUGAUGUAUCUGCGCCGCCAGCACCGUUUGGAGCAAGAACAGGCCGAUUUGGAGUACGAGAUCCGACUGCUGAUGGCCCAACCAGAGCGUAACAAAACCGACUCCGACAAGGAGAAGGAGGAAGCCCUGAUUGCACGUUUGGUUGAGAUUGUCCAGAUGCGAAACGAGGUGGUCGACUGUCUGGAGAUGGAUCGGUUGCGGGAAGCGGAAGAAGAUAUGAGCAUCAAGCAAAGCAUCGAAGAGCGGGCAGCCAACCAGCAGAGGCACGGCAAGAAGGACUCCGACACGGAAAAGUCUGCGACGGGCGAUUCGACGAUGAAGUUGUCGAAAAAAGAGAAGAAAAAACUCAAGGAAGCCAAGAAGCUGGUCAAGUCGAAGAAAAUCGAUUCGGAAAAGGAUGCUGACGACACCGAGAGCAGCACCAAAGAGAAAAAGAAGAAAAAGAAGUUCUUUGCCGACUUUUUACACCACAAAUGAGAUGAGCGAUGGCUUCGGUUUGAAGGAUAUAGUUUUUUUUGGAAUCACACAUACGACGAAAGACAUAGGCUUAGCUUGCGAGAGGACUGAAAUUCAAUUAUUUACCGAAAACAACCAAGUUAUCGAAAUUGAGAAUUUUGAUCUAGAUGGUACUUAGGAACACACAGAAGGCCCUCCAGGAGCCCAGCUUCACCACAGAAACACGCAAAAUGGUUCCACAUUCCAGUUACUGUUAAAUCUAUUCAAAGUUUACAAAGAGAAAAAGAAGAAGAAGAAGACAACACUAAGCAGUGAUGUAUGUAGUUAAAUAUCUGUGUAAUCAUUAUAUCAUUUGUGCCUUUCGUUUCAUCCAUGUUUCAGUUUAAUUUUGUUUAAGUUUCUUUUUGUGUCUUUUGUGAUCGUCCCUUUUGUCAUAUUUCAGAAAGCAUUUAUUUAGAUAACGCAAAAAUGUACACCGAUGUAAAAAAAUGACGUGUCUAAGUUUGAAUAAGGUUUCUUCACACAUUUUUUUUUUAAUAAUUUGCGACAAUGCAGAUUUUUUUCUGUUCAAUAUGUGAAUAUAUCAGCAAUAAAGUAGACGCGUAUAUGAAGCUUA